UUCCAUCUGGGCGGCGGGCAGCCGUGGGAGAGCUGGGGCUCUUUUUCCUCUGUUGGGCAGAGCAGGAGGCUGACCUGCGGAGGAACAGCUCGGCUCUGGGUCUGUUAUUUUUGGAUUUUUUAACCGCAGAGUAAAUCUGGCGCUGGGAGGCGGAGAAAGCGCUCGGAGCCAUGCGUAAAAACAGUUUUGCCUGAAGGCUUGGCGAUCAACUGCCAGCAGGAGUUUGGAAAUCAUGCAAGAUGGCCUGAAAUCUUCUCCUUUUUUUUUCUUUUUUUAUUUUAAACAAACUUUAAUCAGAGUUUUUUUAAUUCUCUGGGAAGUUUAUUCUGAUUAUCAUUUUUGGAGUGGGUGACGAGCUCGCAGUUUUAUAGGUUUCCUCUGUCCGUCUGGGUCGGAGAGGAGAUGAUCGCUCAGGAUGGGUCUGUGCCUCGGGACCGAAGAUACAGAGGAGGAGAAGAAGGCGAAGAUAAACAGCGCCAAGAUAGACAGAGACCUGUACGAAUACGCAAAGCGGGAGAUGAAUGUGGUUAAAAUCCUCAUUCUGGGAGCAGCAGAGAGCGGGAAAAGCACUUUGGUCAAACAGAUGAAAAUCAUCCACAGCAACGGCUUCACCAAGCAAGAGCUGAGCAGCUUCAAGGCGGCGGUGUUGGAUAACCUCCUGACUUCCAUGAAGUUUGUCCUCCAUGGAAUGGGCGUCCUCCGGAUUAACCUGGCUAACAGCAGGAACAAGGUCCACGCCCAUUCGGUCCUGUCGUGUGGGCGGUGUUUCGACGAGGAGCAGGUGCUGCUCCCCUUCCUGAGCCACGCCCUGUCCUGUCUGUGGGCCGACCAGGGGGUGAGGGCUGCGGCCGCCCGCGGCUACGAGUUCGAGCUGAACGACUCGGCGCUGUAUUUCUUUGAGAACAUGAGCCGCCUCACGUCUGCAGACUACGUGCCCACAGAGAUGGACGUCCUCCGAGUGCGGCUGAGGACGACGGGCGUGAUAGAGACCCAGUUUAAAGUCAACCACUUGACUUUCAGGUAGAGGGCCCCGUCUGCUC